AUCCCAACCUUCAUCUCUCCCUCUCAUCUUUCUUUCUAGACCAUCAACACCACCAUUGUCACCACCACCACCACAACCACCUCCGUCUCCAACCACCACCUCAACCACAAACCUCCAUCACACUCACACUCACACAUACACCUCCUAUUCAUCUCCGCCAGAUGCCACCACAGGAAUACGCAAAGAAACAAGAAUCGAUUUGAAGAACUGAAUUGAAUCGAAGAACUCUCUGGAUCUAAAUAAUCAAUUUUGUCAGAUCUAAACAUCUGCCGGAGGAAAUCGCACCGGUGUAGACGACGAACUCAAUUAUACAAAAUUUAAGCCCUAAUAACUUCAAUAUGGUGAAACAGGAACCAAUUGAUUCAGAUUCUAUCUACUUUCCGCGAUCUGUUGAUGAAGAACCUAAGGUCUGUGUCUCUGUAUCAAUCUUUAUGAUGAUCUUUUUUUUUAUUGAGUUCGGAGAGUCGAUGCCGCCGGUGGAGUUGAGGAAUGCGCUGGUGGCGAUACGGUGGUCCACGGAUUAUUUGCUGAAGACUGUGGCGCAACUGGGUCGGAUUAUUGUACAGGUUGAAACGCAAACAGAAGGUUUCAGAAUGAGUUUUGAGGUGAAAUCUGACCAGAGGGUGGGUUGUGGUGUUUGAGAGAACAGUGCCGAGGGUGGUUGUGGCACGUGAAAAGAGGGUGGGUUGAGGUGUUUGAGCGAUAGGGGCCGAGGGUGAAAUCACGGUGUUGGUGGCGGUGGUGGUUGUGAGAGAGAUAAGGAAGAGAGAGAGAGAGGGGAUAAGGAAGA